UAGACCAGGCUGCCCAGGGCCCCAUCCAACCUGGCCUUGAACACCUCCCUGGGGCAUCCACAACCUCAAACAAUGGAGGGAAACCCAGGGUGGAUUUUUGGUUUUAGCUGUGAAUUGCUUGUGGGGCAGCUGGAGGAAUGGCAGCUUGCCAUGUAUGACAGCACUUAAGCAGACUCAGGUAUUUGCAUCUUGGUGAAUGUAAUGAGGUCAGUAGAACAGAACUUAAGAAAAACACAGGUUGUUAUGCUCAUCUGAACUGAUUCUUUUGACUUAGUGGAGGAAAAAGGCUCAUAAUGCCAAUAAUUGGCUGUUCCUGGAGAGGAAUCUCUCUCAGACCACACUUUAAAAAAAUUUAAACUGAAGGGUGUGAUAUUCCCUGUUGCAUUGGGCAGCUGAACAUUUCAGCAUCCAUUCAUUUUCAGGGAGCAGAUGAGCUUGCUCCAUUGCAGGAGCAUUGUGCUCGGGCUUGCACAGUCUGGAAUACAAUUCCUUGAAAACAUCUGGGAUAUGAAACUGAGCUUCUGUUGAAAGAGCUCAUGUCUGGACCUCCCUAAUCCCUGAGGAGCUACAUGUAGGUAGAGAGGCUGCUGAGAAGUGGAGGGAGGGUGCCAGCCUGGCCUGGGGCAGCCACGAAUGUGCUUGCUGCAAAUAAACUGCUUGACAGUGUUAUGGAGAUGCAUGCUCAGUACCAGAGUGGUUUUCAUUUACUCUGAAGUGCCUUUGGAAAUGGUGUUGUCAAUUUCACAUUUUUUGAUUUAAAAUCCUUUUUUUUUUUUUUUAAAUGUUGGCAAGUUAGCAGAAAUAACUCUCCUGUGCUCCUUGUUCCUUUUCUUUGAAUUUUGGUUGGAUUUGGGGUACUUUUUUUUCUUUUUUUGUGCAGUUAACAUUCAGCUUGUACAACAAUAAGCACAGGGUUUGGAACUUCCUGUGACACAGGAUAUCAUGUCACCAUUUUCUUCUUGAAAAAAAUUGUCAUCAUGCAGGCACUCCAGGGGUGUUUCUAAGGAAUAUCCGAAAUAUUUGGAGUCGAGGGCCAAUAAUAAUACAUGAUUCUUUUUGGAAUAUUUUCCUUUUGAGGCCAUAGCAGGAAGUCUUCAGCUAGUUCUAGAUUUUCAUGUUGGCCCUCCCCCUUCUCCUGGCUUAUCUCAAAUGAAAUGCAGCCCUUUCCCUUACCUCAGCACCAGUGCUCUUUUUAUCUAAUCUACAAGACACACAGCUUUCAUGAGAUAUAUAUUUAACCUAGACUAUCACAGAAAAAGUAAGAGAAAUGCAUAAUCACUGUACUGUUAGUGCCUAAACUAUUCUGGGUACUUGGUUUAAUUCUGAGGUGAGACGUAUCUAGCGUGCUUCCCCUUUCAGUUUCAAUCUGCCUAACAACCCAAAUUGAGACAACAUGGGAGGCAGGAAAUCUUUGAGGGUUUGAGAUGUGGUCUGCAGGACCAGAGAGGGAAACUUCUCUAUUUGCUCAUAAUUCAGAGAUAGAAAUAUUGCAGCCUUUUGUCACCAAAAUAAACCAAAAAGCAUUACUAACAGUCAGCCAAGAAAAAAACAACUUCCUUUACCCAUGUUUUGCAUUUCAGUUCUGCUGGACAUAAACUUGUAGCAGUGUUGAGAGCCACAUAAAAGAUACAUUAACACCUUUUAUAAUUCAUUCACAGGCUGGCCCUAAAGCUGGCUUAUUUCAGUAAGUAUUUGGGAAUUUGUAGAAGUGUCCUUUACCUGCUGCCUGGGCAUCUUCUGAGAUAGAAAGGGAUUCCAGGGGAUGGAUGUUGGCAUCUGGCAAGAGUUUGUGAAAGGGAAAGGUCUUCCUUUCCUCUCCUUCUUCUCAAGAUGGUCUUUAGGAACAGGGAGGGAUUUUUGGUGCCAGGUAGUCCAGAACUGCGUUAGCUGCAGCUGCUGCACUGCAGAAUUGAAGCUGGGAAUUAUCUCCUCCUCUUCUCCGCCCCACUCCUCCUCCCAGCCUCAUAUUCAGGCCGCUGCUGAGGCUAGCAGCACAAGGCUGGUGGGCUGCUCUGACGGAGCCUCGGCGCCCAGCAGCCUGGGACUGCAGCGUGUUCCUUGGAGAUCUGAGCUUCCAUGGCGGCCAGGACGAGGGAGAAGCAAGGACUGCUUCUAUGGAGAGCUCGUUUUUAUCUUGUGCAGAGUCAUCUUUGUAGCGGGAUGUUGAAAUGUGACACGGUGCCUGUUUGUUUGCAAUAGCUGCAACCCUCGUAGCAGAAAUUCAAGUGGGAAACAGAGGGGGAAUCCAGAGACAAACCAGCAGGAGAAUUAGAAACCGUGACGUCGCCUCCUCCCUCCUGUGCCGGAGCAAGCAAAGAAAGGAGAGGUAGAGGAAAAAAGACUGAGCCUUGCAUCCAGCCGUCACCCUGACAAUGUGUCAGUCAAACGCCCUGCAGGGACCAGAUCUGCACACAGGGAAAUGGUGAGAUGCUGUAAAGCUUUAUCUAACCCUCCACCCUCUUGCUACAACCUCCACAAAGUUAAAAUUCAUGUCCGGAGGCUGCGUUCAGGGAACGGCGGCAGCAGCAGCUGUGCCGGGGACCCGCACCCACAGCUGGACAGCCCGGGCCCGGCUGGCUCUGCUGGCGGGACACCAAAUAGGAGAGCUCGUUUCAGGUUGCAAUUUCCCCAGCUGGCCCUGAGGCGGAGGUUGGGCCAGCUAAGCUGUAUGUCUAGGCCUGCUCUGAAACUCCGUUCUUGGCCUCUGACUAUUCUCUAUUACCUUCUGCCUUUCGGUGCUCUUAAGCCCUUGACCAGAGUGGGAUGGAGGCCUGUGAGCAGGGUUGCUCUGUACAAGUCGGUACCAACUCGACUGCUGUCACGAGCCUGGGGUCGUCUGAACCAGGUGGAGCUGCCCACAUGGCUCCGGAAGCCUGUUUAUAGCCUGUAUAUCUGGACGUUUGGUGUGAACAUGAAGGAGGCAGCUGUUGAAGAUCUGCAUCACUAUAGAAACCUCAGCGAAUUCUUUCGCAGGAAGCUGAAACCACAAGCACGGCCAGUUUGCUGUGUGCACAGUGUGAUUAGUCCCUCUGAUGGAAAGAUCCUUAACUUUGGACAAGUAAAGAACUGUGAAGUGGAGCAAGUAAAAGGGGUUACUUAUUCUCUGGAGUCUUUCCUGGGACCUCGUAUCAGCACGGAAGACUUGCGUUUUAGUGAGGUCCCACCUGGCAACUCAUUUCAGCAACAGCUAGUCACAAAGGAAGGGAAUGAGCUCUACCACUGUGUAAUCUACCUUGCACCAGGGGAUUAUCACUGCUUCCACUCGCCCACUGACUGGAGAGUGUCACACCGCCGUCAUUUUCCAGGCUCUUUGAUGUCUGUGAAUCCUGGAGUUGCUCGCUGGAUCAAGGAAUUAUUCUGCCACAAUGAACGGGUUGUCCUUACAGGAGACUGGAAACAUGGAUUUUUCUCUUUAACAGCUGUAGGAGCAACAAACGUGGGCUCUAUCCGCAUCUACUUUGACCAGGAUUUGCAUACCAACAGUCCACGUUACUCAAAAGGUUCUUACAACGACUUCAGCUUCAUAUCCAACAACAACAAGGAGGGAAUCCCCAUGAGGAAGGGAGAACAUUUAGGGGAAUUUAACUUGGGCUCAACUAUUGUACUAAUCUUUGAGGCACCCAAGGACUUCAAAUUCCAACUUAAAGCUGGACAGAAAAUCCGUUUUGGAGAAGCACUGGGCUCUCUCUAAAGACUAACACAGCAAGAAGGCUUUAGAUACAAAGGGACUCUUCAUACAUUGUGGAGUGUUUCACUUGACAAGCAUGUAUCACUCAGCAGGACCUGGGUGAGGAAAACAGAUGUCUUUGCUGUGUUCACCUUUAGAGUAUUUGGCCUAUAUUUACAUAUUGCUGCUGAAACGCAGAAAGAGAAGAACAAACAUACAUGUAUCAGGUACAGUUGCCUUUAAAGAUACUGGAAACCAUGGAGGUUUCUGUCCUACCCUGUGCCUGUAGUCUUUUAUGUUCUCCCCCUCAGUGUGCCACAGGAUAACUAUGUUCAUAAGCUUAUAAAUCCCUUUUAAGCCUUCCUAGACUGCAGGUCCAAUGGGUAAGGGUGGAAGCAGAGAUUAGCUGUAUUUAAAGGGAUGUUGACAAGUUGAGUCAGACCUUGUACCUUAGCUAUGAAGUAUCUUUUUCAGACCUUGAAUAACAGAUGUGUUCUCAUCUUUAUUCUAAAACACUCCUCUGAAGUUCUUACAUAAAAUGCACGGAGAGCCAGAAAGUUCAAUGGACAAGUAUGGCUUCACACUCCAAACUAAGCAAAAUGCACAGAGUGUAUCUGUACAGUAAGUUACACAUCCAAUCUAUUUUCCAAUGUUAGACAACUUUUAAUUCUUUUACUUAUGUCCCUUUAGAAAUGGACUUUGCACUGUAUUUUAAAGCUAAAAACACUGUGUCUACAUUCCAUAUGAUGAAACUGGUCAUCUUGGGAUUUUAUUUUUUUAAAUAUUAGGAAACAGAUCCAUAUGUCCAUUUUCUACUCCAUGGUUUUAUUUUGCUAUUCCAGGCCUUAAGGACUUUGUAUAAGAGAGAGUUCACUUCUUGAAUUAAGGGUGGAAGACAGAUGUUUCUUUUGUGAUUCUAUGUAUCUUCAUUGUUGCUUUGUCAUUAAAUUCUUGAAGAAUUAGUUCCUCUAUUUACAGAGCAGUUUCAGAUACUUCAGGACCAAAUUUUAUUGCAUGGAGUGAAAUGCCCUAUGCACUGACAGUGUAUUAAUAUGGCAGAUUAUUGAAGCAAUCUUUGGCCUCCCAGCUGCCAGCCUGGCUGUCCUACAGUGGACUGGCACCUAUAUCAUUUUAGCUGAAACAUAAAAAGCCACACCUGCUCUGAUUUCUGCCUUCAUACUUAAUGAUAAGAAUGGGCUGGGGCCUGAAUGCUUUACACUGAAGCUUCAUCUUAAAGUGAAACUAAAGAGCCUUGUUGUAACUUCAUGUCAAUAAGAGUCAAUGAUGCCCUGGAUCUGUUGAGUACGGCACCAAAAGCCCUAACAGAAACUGUGCCAAACUGGAGAAAUUCCAUUUUAAAGCAAUAUAUUGGUUGGUUUUAGAGUUUAAAUUCUUCUAAGUCCAGACACUCAAACAUUUAGAACUGUCUUUGCUGUCCGGAGCUUGCUGGAGUGGACAUGCUUACAAAACCUGCCUUUUUGAUCUCCAAAAAUUUCUGAUAUUACUUUCUUGCUUGAGCCUUGGGUGUUUUUUUCUGCUACUUCAAGGAGCUAGUAGGCUUUGACCAGCUGUGUUUUCCUUAAGAAAUACUUACCUUUUUGUAUGCACUGCAGAAAAUAGAAUAUAAUUUUAUUGUACAUGUCCAGUUUGCCAAGUCCUGUAUGCUUAGCUUGUCAUCAGGAAAGAAGGGAUGGUAAAAUGUGUGUAGUGAUGUAGUUCAGCUGUGACUCAGAGAUGAUGGUGGCUGUUCAGGUGACAAGCAGGAGAAAAUUCAUUUGGCUCUGAGAGUCAGUGUUUCCUCACUUUACAUGGGGAGUAGUUUGAAAGCUUGAAGUGGCUCUCAGCCACCUAUCAUGUUAAGGUUCUUGGCAUUAGCAAGUUUACUCCUGCAGCAGUGUAUUACCACAGACAGGUUCUAGAAACGUGCACUUUUUUAAAUCACUGAAAGAAAGAAAUACUAAAGCAAACAUCAGCCCCAGGGGCUACAGCUGUGAUUAGCCUCAACUUCAAAGACAGAUUAAUAGACAACACCUUUGUUCCCGUGGAUGAGAGAAAAAUGACAGAAUCUCUUCCCCUCUUUUCCACUGGGGUUGGUGGCAUCCAGCCAUAGCCAAAGCAAUCUUAAGCUUUAAUUUAUUGCUACUCAGCAGCAUCAUCAGCUGCAGUAGCUGAAGGUUACUGACAGGCAGUAGGAGGUAGAUUACCUGAUGUUUGCUUUAAUAGAAGUCUUAAGAGGAGGGAGAGGAUUCAGUGUAUGAGUGGCUGGUUUUGUGAAGGUCUCAAAGCUGUACAGAGCUAGCUAAUUAAUAAAUGUUACUUGCUAUGCAGGGGUCAGCAAUCACCCUGGAAGAGGAAGCAAAGUUCCUAGAGGGUACUGAUAAUGCUGUGAAUUUCUCCUGCAUGGAGAAUCCAUUGAAUUCUUCAACUGUAUCAGUAGCACGGUAUUUUUGUAUGUCAAAGUGUAUGACUUACUGACAUGAACUCAUUUAAUUGCAAACAUUUUGAAAUAAAGAGUCUUAUCCGUGUUGCUUA